UUCAAAUAUCAAUUCUAUAUCAGACUGUGACUCGAUCAGGUCAUUUUGAAAUGGCUCCUUCCUGCCCUGGUGGCUUCAGGGUCCUUCUUGUAGUGACACUGUGUGUGGUCAUAGCAAAGGGACAGCUGUUCACGAACCACCGCGGACCAUGGAACAUAGUUUUCAAAAUCCCCUACAAUGCCAAACCUAGCGGAUACAGCAGCAUCAUCGCUCUAUGGAAGGCCUCUGGUCACGUGAACGGUGACAAUGUGGCGGCCAUGACAGAUUUCAGCACCUCUUCUCUGAUCUACAAAUCUAAACUGCUUGACGACUGGGCAACCAGAAGUUUUUCAGCGGUUCGACUGUCAGCUUACAAAAACAACAAAGAGGUGGCCUUCAUUACUUUUAACAACAUGGGCAAAGGGAAGGAUGAGUGGUUUGACUGUAGCAACAUCAUCGACUCCUCGUACACGGACAUCAUCAGUCUGUCCAAGAACUACUGUGUGAUGGAUUACCCCACCGACACCAAGAGAAACUUUUUCAUCAACCAUGGCUACGGAGGCUGUACCAGUGACAAUGGUUGGUUCAUGAUGAAGGAUUUCAACGCCCUCAGCGGAUGUGCCGAAUGGGAUCAAGUCACCGGCAAAUCCUACUUCCUGUACUCAGGCGACACCACGAAGAUUAACUGGGCUUCCGGAAACAGACAGACUGCAGAUUGUUUGGUUAUUUCUGUUUUGGCAUGGGACAUGGUAUUUAAGGCAGUGCAGGGAGUGGUGCCACCCCAGGGCGGUCUGAGACAGUUAUGGCAGUCCAGCGCCACCCUGAAUAGUGACAACCCUAGCGCUCAGACCCUCACCCGAUCGCCAAACCUUGUUUACAAAUCCGCCAACGUAGAGAAAUGGCAGAGUAUCCCAGGGUUCUUCAUUGAGAGUGUAAAAUACGCCUUCUUCACAAGCGGCAAAGAGGUCGCUUACAUCAUCUUUGACGGACGUGACACGGACAAAAACGGAUGGUAUAACGACAACCGUAUUCUGUACUCCAGAUGGACAGACAUCAUUGGUUAUACAAAAGUGGGCUCUUCCAUUGAUGGUGACAAUACGAGACGUUUCUGUGUGUGGAAAGAACACGGAGGCUGUCCAAAUGACAAAGCCUGGAUGGCUAUUCUGGACUCCUCGGACUCCUCCCAGCCUUGUUCUUGGGACAAAAACGUUCAAUCGAGACCUUACUUUCUGUAUAGUAAAAAGUCUACAUGGGCUCUUUGCGAAAGUGGUGGCUCUUGGAAUAGUGGAGAAUUUCCAGCUGCGGAAACAGCGGCCAUCUUUAUUAAAGGUUGGAGAAUGGUUAUGAAGGUUGCUCAUGGACAGUCCAUCUCCCCCGCCUCUGGCGUCUACAAUUUGUGGACAGGGACCUAUACGGUGAACGAGUUUGACUCAAAUGCUCUAACCAUUGCCGCCGGAACGAAGACGUACAAGUCUAGCGUGGUGGACAACUGGUCAAACCACCACAUAUCAGCAGUUCGAGUUGGGUUCUACAAGAAUGGAAAAGAGACUGCAUACACGGUGUUUGAUGCCCACGGUGUAGCCAAUAAAAACAGCUGGUUCGACUGUAGCCGAAUCCUCUACACGUCCUACGAUGACCUGAACAGAUUAAAGGCAGUCACCUACUGCGGCAUCCCCGGAGAUUCGGGAUUAAAUAGACGAUUUUUCAUCCAAAACAACUAUGGCGGGUGUAGCAAUGACGCCGGAUGGUUUCUGGUCGUCGAAAGCAACACUUGCGCAUGGGAGCAACGUACAACGCGUCCAUAUUUUAUUUACAGUGGGAAAAGUGGAAGAGACCUGCAAGACAGUUUCGUCAUCGCUGACGUCUUCCUUAUUUCUGUCGUCAUGGACAACUGUAUGCCCAACCCUUGCAGUAAUGGCGGUACUUGCUAUGAGGAAGGAAUGGAUUACACGUGUACAUGCAGUGGGAACUGGUUCGGACAGCGCUGUACCGAUCUGAAUGGCGGCUGGGCUAACUGGGGAAGUUGGGGCGCAUGCUCUGUAACGUGUGGUCCAGGAACCCAUACACGUAGUCGAACGUGCACCAAUCCUUCUCCUCAGGGAAGCGGCUCCACGUGUGCGGGAUCCUCCACAUCUAGCCAAGCUUGUCAGGACAUGGUUUGCAUACCCGAUAUUGAUGGCAAUUGGGGUUCAUGGACUUCCUACAGCGCAUGCCCAGUGACAUGUGGAAAUGGUGACCGAGUACGCACGCGUCAGUGUAACAACCCAGCUCAAUCCGGAAAAGGUUUAGAUUGUGUAGGUCCGGCUUCCGAGGUUCUUGUGUGUUCCCUGUACCCAUGUGCUGUUGACGGUAAUUGGGCAGCCUGGGCCUCGUGGUCCUCCUGUACAAAGUCUUGCUCCGGUGGGAAGGAGGUGAGAUCUAGGACUUGCACAAAUCCGGCCACAAACUACGGCGGCAAAGACUGCACAGGAGAGACCUCUCAGGAAAGGACCUGUAAUACGCAUGCUUGCACAGUCUGCAGCACUGGGGAGUACCUGUGUGACGACGGUACAUGUAGGAUGGGUAGCCGCUGUAAUGGGAUCAAUGACUGCGAUGAUGGCAGCGACGAGAGCUCGUGCUCCUCCAACGUCCUGAAGAUGUCUCAGGGAUAUGUCAACAACGCGCUUACCAGACCCGAUACUUCCGCCGAGGGAGAAGGAGGGGCCAUGUCUUAUGGUGGUUCUCUCCUGUUAGUUGCGGCCCUCGUGACUGCUGUUCUUGCUUUCCGGGUGUUUUGAGUUUGUUUUUCUUUAAAUCACGAGCUUUUCAAUUCGUCCAUACCCAAGAAUAAUCCCAUCAUUCCAUCCAAGCAAGCUCUUGGGACAUAUGAGUGAU